AGACCCAAAAGUUGCUUUUAGACCUGUUUAAUUAAUUUUCUGAAAGUGUUUCUUCUAAUCUGCAGGGUGUUUUGGUUUUUCUUGCUGCGAAGUCUGGAUUGAUAAAGAAUACAGAGGAAGCUGCAGAGUUUCAAAAUUUUAUAAUUUGUGUUGAGAUGCUUAUUGCAGCUGUUGGUCAUCUUUAUGCAUUCCCCUACAAGGAGUAUGCUGGUGCAAAUAUUGGUACUUCUGGCGACUUUUCAGCAAGCAUCUCACAUGCUCUGAAAUUUAAUGACUUUUACCAUGAUACUGUCCACCAGUUUGCACCAACAUAUCACGAUUAUGUGCUCUACAACCACAGUGAGGGUGAUGAGGGUGCCAGGAAAUAUAGGGCUCGGACUUUUGUCCCAACUGGCCUUGAAAUGGAUACCGUAAGAAAAAACAAAAACAUGAUAGGUAACAAGUUGGAAGAUAUACAGUUAUCCAGUCUAUCAUCUUCAGGCAGCAGUACUCCUCAAAAUUCUGGAAUUGUACACGAUUCUGUAAAAUCAGAGGCAAUGGACUCGUCAUUACUCAUGGACGCAUCAAAUAUGCAUUCUGAUCCCUAUGACAUUUCCCUUGUUGACAUAGACAUAUCUAAUUACCCGGCAGAAGUGCCUGCUGCUAAAGAAGAUGGGACAAGGUGAUGCGAAGUGAUAUAUUGGUUUCAGAAUUCUCACCAGUUUAGUAUGGAAAACCACCAAUCUAUACUCUUUUUAUCAUUGGAUGACAGUAGGAUUUGUACAUGUAGGAAAUACAUUUCACACUUUUUCUUCUGUUGGUUCAGCAUAAAAACUUUUAGGUACCAUUCUGUUGUACAUUCGAACUGAGUUCUUGGUUGCAUUUGCUUGUAACUCUGUGAGUUCAAUAUUAUACAUCAUUCUUUGGUGUCUGAACUCUUUCA